AUGAGUGAGGCUGCCAAAUCUAAAGGGCUACGUCGAGUGAAACGCCAAUUCUUUGGUUAUCCUCGCUUUGGCGGCUACUAUCCUCGUCGAUUUGGUGGCUUUGGAGGAGGCUAUCCUCGCUUUGGAGGAGGUUAUCCUGGCUUUGGAGGUUUUGGUGGCGGAUAUCCUGGAUUUGGAAGCAGCUGGGGAAGCUCGUUUGGUCUUAGCGUCAAUCUCCAAAUCGGAGGGUAUAACAACGGGUAUCUUGGUGGAUUUGGCUAG